AGGAGGUCUAAGUUUCUCUUCUAGAAUCAAGUGUCAGACGUUUUCUGUUGUGAUGGUUGAAACUCGCAUUUUUCGGUCUCUGCUCCCUGACUACAAUAUUUUUAAGUCUAUACCUGUUCACCGGAUAGCCGUACUGCUACUCGCUCUAACGAUAUCCGGAGCUCACGUGAAAGGAGACGAAGCACUAAGGGACACCGAAGUAGAUCAGAAGGAAGCGAGUUCGGGACAAAAUGUCGAGGUGGACACCAGAAAUGAUAGCUGGAUAGAGAACCUGAUGUGGAGCCUACUUGCCUAUGCAACAAUUAUGGUCCCCUCGGCUUUAAUCAUCCGUAUGCUCAAGAACUCAAACUUUAAUGAACGAAGUGGUAAGAUGUUUGCUCUCUUCGUGUCACGUGUACACCCUGUCGUUGCGCAUGUAUGUUUUUGUUUAAAAACGUUUUUAUUUUAUUUUCGUUUCUUCUUUAUUUAAUUUUAGACGAAGGAUUUUUGUAGGUGUUGCUAAUGAACCGUGUUGCUGUAGUAGCUCGAUAUUUUUGAACAUAAAUUUUUAUUUAAAAAGUAACCUAGUUAUUUCAACAAAUCUUUCAGACAAAGAUAUACUGCUGUUUGGUAUUAUUGGAUGGUGAGGACGAGAUAUUUGUGAAUCAUAUUUUAUUACUGGCAAAACAAUACGUAUACUCUUGCAGACAGAACAAAUAUUCUCACUGCAUUAGAGUUCUUAAUUCUAAAAUUAAGACAGCUGUUUUCUUAAUCGAGACAAUGAUCGCUAAGUCAAACAAUAAGACGUCCUACAAUAUGAAAUGGAGCAAAUAUAAAUCUGAUUAUAUUUAGCAUACGAUCCUUUCGCCGCUUACUUCAUUUAUUAUUAAUUUUUAUUAAUUUUUUCGUGUAAAUAGACAAGAAUGUACUGGGGUGUGUUUCUUUCUCACUUUUUUAUCAGUAUGUAAUUGUGUGUGAGUUUGUGAUGUAUAUAUGUUUAGUUUUCUUUUCUUUUUUUUUUAUUUUCCUAGAUGUUCAUAAGGGUUAGUGUGUAAAAAAAUGUAAUACAUAACAAAAUAAAAAUUCAUUAAAAUACAAAAAAAAAAGUUAUUUCAACAAAGAAAGUAGCACAGGAAACGAGAGAGAUCGCUUACUGUCAUUCCUUUCUCUGACUCGCAGGGAGUUUCAGUAACUUAAAGGCCACAAGUAAAUAAUGAAAUUCUUUGGACCACGUGCAGGCCAACUUAAAUUUUGUCCCUUAAUACAGAUGUUGACAGUCAAGUAUUUGUGUCAAGGCUACACCCCCCAUCCCUCCCCCCAUUCAGGCUAGGGGUGGGGAUAACUUGGGAGAUAUAUCAUGAUCAUGGGACAUCAUGCUGUGGUUGACAUAUGCUUUCCUUGGUUCAUCUUUUGAGGUUGUCACUUUCUUGCUCAAGUAUUUCACUUGCUUCCUAUAAUAAUUACGAUUGUUAUGACAAAGAUGUUUCUAUGUGUCUGACAGAUUUAUGAUACUUAUAAAUUAACUGCUGACUUGUGAAAUUCCUCUCAGAGAUUUUCUGCUUCCUUUGUUAAUACAUUCUGUCUAAAACUGUGAAACAUUACAAACUAGACACGUUACAACCUAGACGUUCUGUCUAGUUUGUAACGUUUUGUUGGACAAUGCUCAUAUAUUAAAAGUUUCUUUAACUGGACAGUGUCUUAUUAUUUAAGACCAAAACAUGUACAUAAUGUGUGGUUGCAUGAUUUUGCAUUGUAUUUUUAUCAUCUCCUGAAAAUACAGCCUAUUUCUUUUUGCCUUCUUAGGAACUAGCUGCUUGUUGUGCUCAAUUCAGCUGUGUGUUUUUAGUGCUCCUCAUAUAGAAUCUGCAGAUGUCGAAGAGGGUGGCAUCGAAGGAAGUUCCUCAAAGGACGAAAGCUUGCCCCCACCGAGUUUUUCCCAAACAAGCAUCAAGCUCUUGUUUUGCGCAGGUGGUUUGCAACUGACAUACCUCACCUGGGGUGUCCUACAAGAGCAAAUAGUGACACAAACUUAUGAAGAGCACCUUCCUGAUGGCUCAGUCACGACAUUGAAAUUCACAAACUCUCAGUUCCUAGUAUUUGUAAAUCAUUCACUUGCUUUAGUCGUAGCAUCAGCUUGUAUUUUGUUCACUCACCAGCCACGCCACACUGCACCCCUUUACAAGUAUUGCUAUUCAUCCUUUUCAAAUACUUUGAGCAGCUGGUGUCAAUAUGAGGCCCUUAAGUAUGUCAGCUUUCCAACCCAAGUUCUUUGUAAAACAUCCAAGAUCAUUCCAGUAAUGAUCAUGGGCAAGAUAGUGUCCAACAAAUCCUACCCCUGCCACGAAUAUGUUGUUGCUGUUCUACUCUGUGUGGGCGUCAGUCUGUUUCUCCUGGCAGCAGAUCCAUCAGGGAAGCGAACGUCUGCUGCUACCACUUUUUCAGGAGCUAUAUUACUUCUGGGACACGUGGCGUUUGAUAGUUUCACUUCCAACUGGCAAUCGGAACUGUUCUCAGUAUACAAGAUGUCAACCAUCCAAAUGAUGUUUGGCGCAAACCUGUUCUCUUGUCUCUUCACAGUGUGGUCAAUGAUUGCGGGUGGAAAUUUUUUAGCGGCAGUUGGGUUUAUGAUGACCCACCCAAAGUUUCCCUACCAUGCCACAAUACUGUCACUGACUUCAGCGACAGGUCAGCUUUUUAUUUUUUACACCAUACAGUCUUUUGGGCCAAUUGUGUUUACCAUCAUCAUGACCAUUAGAAUGAUGCUGAGUUUCAUGUUGUCAUGCAUUAUUUAUAAUCACCCAUUGUCUGCUCAAGCUGUUUUUGGAGUUAUUGUUGUGUUUGUUGCACUGUUAUUGCGUGUGUAUGCUAGGUAUAGUGCAAAACUGUCUUCAGAGGGGUGUACCCCUUUGAAGACGAUUAAUGUAUGACCUUGUUAAUAACUGCAGAUUUACGUCAAGAUAUGGUGUUGAAUUUUUGUUUAACAGUACAGUUUCAAUCUUUCAGUAAAAUUUUGUACUGUAGAGGAUUGUUAAACAAAAUGCGCCUUAACCCUGUAACACUCAAUAGUGACCAGCGUCAAUUUUCUCCCAACAAUACCCAUACAUUGUAAAGAGAAAUGGUAAUAUGAAUUAAUGAAAUGGUCACCUUACAGGAAAUGUUUUGAUCUUUCAUCAAACCCUCUCC